AUGGACUACGAAUCCAGUGAUGACGAUGUUAUUGACUUGUGCAAAGAGCUAAGCAUAAAUAUACCAGGGAAGAAUAAACAACAAAAAAUGAAUAUUGAAAAUAUUGACAUGAAUAAUCUGCCUGUUAUUUUAGCAGCUGAGGAGAUACAGCCUGUGAUUCACGCACCACUUUUAAAACAGUCCCUUGAAAUAUACACCAACUUUUUCUACUACGCAAACCUUUCUCUACUCCCCUUGCCUCAUACUGUCUGCACUGUCAAAUGUGCCGGAACCGUCUAA